AUGGAGGCUCAACGCUGGCGCAGUGAGAACUUCGAGAGGCCGGUGGACCUUGAGGGUUCGGGAGAUGACGACUCAUUUCCUGACGAUGAACUGGAUUACCUCUACUCCGGGUCGGGCUCUGGCUACUUCGAGCAGGAGUCCGGCCUUGAGACUGCCUUGCAGUUCGUCCCCGACAUGGCACUGGCUGCGCCCACGGCACCUGCCGUGGUGCCCACAACCGCUGUCCAGCCCGUGGAUACCCCAUUUGAGGAGCUCCUUUCUGAGCACCCAAGCCCCGAACCAGUUACCAGUCCCCCGCUGGUGACAGAGGUGACAGAAAUCCUGGAAGAGCCCAGCCAGAGGGCCGCCACCACAUCCACCACCACACCUACCACUGCCGCCACCACCGCAGGGGCCCCUACUAUGGCCACAGCACCUGCCACAGCAGCCACCACGGUCCCUAGCACUCCUGCAGCACCUCCUGCCAUGGCCACCACUGCUGACGUAAGGGCCACCGGCAUCCAGGGCCUGCUGCCUCUCCCCAUGACCACGGCUGCUACAGCCCAGGCCACUACCCCAGCAGCACCCUCACCGCCCACUACUGUGGCUACCUUGGACACGGAGGCCCCGACGCCUAGGCUGGUCAACACAGCUACCUCGCGGCCACGAGCCCUUCCUCGGCCAGUCACCACCCAGGAGCCUGACGUCACUGAGAGGAGUACCCUGCCAUUGGGGACCACUGCUCCUGGACCCACGGAGGUGGCUCAGACCCCGACUCCAGAGUCCCUUCUGACCACGGUGGUCCGGGAUGAGCCAGAGGUGCCAGUGAGUGGGGGCCCCAGCGGGGACUUUGAGCUGCAGGAAGAGACCACACAGCCUGACACAGCCAAUGAAGUGGUGGCUGUGGGAGGAGCCGCGGCCAAGCCCUCACCUCCACUGGGGACACUGCCCAAGGGUGCCCGCCCAGGCCCUGGGCUCCAUGACAAUGCCAUCGACUCGGGCAGCUCGGCCGCUCAGCUCCCUCAGAAGAGCAUACUUGAACGGAAGGAGGUGCUUGUAGCCGUGAUUGUGGGUGGGGUGGUGGGCGCCCUCUUCGCUGCCUUCCUGGUCACGCUGCUCAUCUACCGCAUGAAGAAGAAAGACGAGGGCAGCUACACCUUGGAGGAGCCCAAGCAGGCGAGCGUCACGUACCAGAAACCUGACAAACAGGAGGAGUUCUACGCUUAGCAGAGCCUUCAUGCCUCCAGCAGCCUCGACGCCGCCGCCUUGCCCGGUCCCUGCCACAACAGCCCAGGCCUGGGCCUGGGGAGGAGCCUGACCCUGCUUCCUUCUGCUCAGGCUGCCAGAAUAACAGAUAGUCCUAAGGAGCAGGGGCGCCGCCAUCUGUCCCAGACUGUGCUCUUAAGAGCCCUUCUCUAGUCUCACUCCCUCCAGCCUGGGGCUUCAGGAUCUUGUGUCCCAUGGACAAGAGGAAGGAAGCCCCGGGUUGCUGGUAGAAAUAGGGGCCAGGGCAGGACUGAGAUGGCCCACAGUGCCUGCUGAUGUCCUCUUCUUGCUACAGAGGCCAUCACGCUGGCUUCCAGGACCAACACGUGGCACAUCUAGCCCCCACCCACUUCCAUAUCAUCCAGAUGUGGCAGCCUCGAGCUGCUGUCCCAAGGCCUCUCUCAGCAGGAGGGUGUCCUCUGUCACCAGCCUGAGCUUGCUAUGGGGUCACCGUUCUCUCUCCCCCGCCCAAUGCACAUGUCCCCAGGCUGCACCGCUUUCUGCAUUGCCUCCCAGGGAAAGGGCUUCCUCAGUGCACAGGGCAGCCAGCCAGCGGUGAGGGAGGCGACCCUAGUGUCCCUCCCGAGAGGGGAUGCCGCAUUGCCUCUGUCAGCCACUGCUAUAAUCCUGUAAUGCUGUUCACGCAGGAGACAAAAACAUACUCAGUCCCUAUUACCCAGCCAGUGAGAUGUCACACACACACACACACACACACACACACACACACACACACACACACACCCCUCCUUCACAUAGUGCUCAGACGCCCUGAUGCUUCCGCCAUGCAGGCCACUGUCAUCAUCGCCAAUGGUGGCCGUGCCACCUUCCUCCCACUUUAUUUCUUUACACACAUACUUUGGUCCUGCGCCUGGCUCCUCGAACCAUCUGGGUCACUGAGGAAGGCAGGACAGAGUUGUAGGCAUCAGCCCAUAUUGGGUCCCCCAGAGUCACCCUGUUCCACUUGGUCCCCGCCAUGACACCUACACCAGCCGCAUAGAUGAUAAUCCCAGCUGAUGUCAGACACAAUCCCACACAGAUGCAGUCUCUCCUUCCCCACAGUGGUUCACAGAGAGGAGGUUUGGGGCUAGCCUCUGCCAGCCAAGUCUGAAGGAAGAAGGGUUGAUGCCCCAAGCUAGGCUGAAGGUCGGGGAGGGAGUUAAAGUCUCCCAGGACCAAUGAGCUGUGUGGGUUGUCCCUGGUCUCCAUGUAUCUCCUUUCUGCUCUGAGCCAGGAGUUGUGUCUGCCUCCCAGGACACAGUCUCCAAAGUGCCUGUGAGGGCGGGCCUCCGCCCAGGCCCUCUGUGUCCCCUGCCCUGGCCUGGCGAGGCCAACCUCAAGCCUACCCACCCCGGGGUCCCCUCUGUGGACACAACUGACCAGGCAGCUUGGCAGUUCUGGCUACAAUCGGAUGGACCCACAGACCAGCGGCCUCAUCCCAAUGCCGUAAGGCCCUGAGAGCAGUUAAUGGGGACAGGCGUGCCACAGGCCUCAAGUCUACCUUCCUGUCUUUGUUACCCUUGGGAGUGGGAACUAUUUCACAACUAUUUUAAAUGUGGGAUCACCAUUCUCUUUUUGGGAAAGGGGUGUGUGCCACCGGAGCUUUCAGCACCAAAGGGACACAGCAUAGGUUGCGACUGGCCGGCACCCCACCCCAUCUCUCACACAUGCUCCAGGUCCAGUCAGGUGGACCGGCCUGGUUUUUUUCUGUUUCAUUUUAAAGAUUCCCUAACAGCAGACUUGGGAAGAAUGAGGACCCGCACACAUCUGGGCAACGGAGGCAGGAUCUAGGCAAUUGGCACAGCUUGUCUUUCUAAGGUGGGAGGGGUACCACUAUCAGGCUCUGUUUUGUCUUCCAGACCCCAUGACUCCCUUGGUAGGGUUUAGAGUUUUGUAAGGAAGCCAGUGGGCCCAGACUUUGAGGUGGGGAAGGAAGGAGAGGAGUCCUAAGGCUCAGGAGACCUGGAGGAGGGAGCUUGGCCGGGGUCUUCCCUGAAGUGGGUGAGCUGGUUAGGGAGGAGGUGGGAGGAGGUGAGAGCCUGUGUGCCUGCCCUCCCCCUCUCCUCUGGUGGGCUGCUAUCUUGGGGACUGGAGCUUUGGUGAGGAGGCUUGGGAGCUGGGGGAGGCAGCCUCCAAGUGCUCAGUCCAAUGAGGACGGACACCAGAGACCAGGGCAGGAGCCCCCAGCUUCUGUUGCUGGGCUAGAAUCUACUUCUCCCAUCUCAGGGUGGCUCUGACCUUGGGGCUGUGGGUUUGGCCCCCUGGUACCAGCACUCCUUUUCUGGGUCCUCAGCAAUUGAGAGGAGAGGCCAUGGGCCAUAUGUAUGGGACUCAGGCCCCGAGGCCAAGGUCUAGGCUUUAUGCUCAUGGAGUUUGACCUGAAGGUUAACGGCAUGGGCAGUCCAGGAACACUGGGCCAGCCUGAUGAGGCCAGGACGAUUUAAAAGAGCUCAGUUCCAAGGGUGAACUGAACUUUUCCUAGUGCAAUGUGGGUGCAGGGUCCCUUACCCUGCCCCAGAAACAGUGCGGUACGUGCAGAGCCUGCCCAAACAGUCCAGAGACACCUCAGUGCUCCCGGGACGGCGUUCUGAAGGCCGGCAUGCCUGGAAAGCACAGUGCAUUCUGAAUGAAAGGAGUUGAUGUGUCUUAGAACUCUUCAGGCCCUGGUUUCUCAAGAGAAGUAAGACAUGCUGGGGCUAGAGAGCUUCAGAGUUAGACUUUAUCUCUCUUGGGGGGCCAGACUAGGGACUGUAUGUGCAAGGUUGAUCCCCUUCGAUUGCCAGAGGAGGCAUGUGGGUGACAGCCGGGACUGGCUGAGCAGGGCCUGCAAACAAGAGCUUAGGAUGCUGGGGCCAGACCCCCUGGGCUUGGCUUAGUUAUCCACCAGGCCUCCAGGCUGGUGCUCACACCACACAGAGCAGAGCCAACGUUGCUUUCAGGGCAGGGGUGGCUGCCUGGGCUCUCCUGGCUUUUCCUUGGGAUGUGCCGCCCCAGUCUUGGUGUCUGUAAAUAGAAGCCCACACUGUACAGAUCCACAGAGAGGCCCAACCUGGGCCCUGGAGUCACCAUCUGAGGGGCUGAUGGCCUGGCUUCCCCCAGGUGUCCUCUGGGUCCUUGGGUGUGCCUGGCCCCGGCUUGGUGAAUGCAUGUAAAUACUUUUCGUAGAACAGUGUGGCUCCAGAGAGCCCCCUGAGACAGUGUCCCCCAAAACUGGUUCAUCCUCUCUCCUGUACAGAGCCCUCCCCGCCCCUGGUCCACCAGGAAUGGGGGCUUUCUCCCCUCCCCAGGCUCUUCCUACCCUUUCUUUCCCUAUAACCUGUUUAUUAAUCCUCCCUGUCCUGAGUUCAUGGCCAAAAACUUAAAUAUGAAAUGGAGGAAAGACAGUCGGCUAAAGAUACCAAGGCCUGGUCCACCCCACCAUGGGUGCUUGCUCACCCCUGCCUUGGGAAGGACACGGCUUGCUUUGUUUUGUUUUCUGUUUGUUUUGUUUUCUUUCUUUCUUUCUUUCUGUUUGUUUGUUUGUUUUUAACAUUUCCCUGUGCUGUGCCCAUUUAUAAGAGGAAAUAAAAUUAAGCUGAAAAGAU